AUGACAGGUCAAAAGAAAGGAGUCUACAAACACUGGCGUGGAAGAGGCCUAGGCAGAGGACUAACUACGAAACCCCAGCAGGGCAACACAGAACCGUGUGGAAGGUGUGGCAGGACUCAUCCCCCUCGCAACUGUCCAGCGUAUGGGCAGCGUUGUGGAAAGUGUGGAAAAUUGAACCACUUCGCGCAAGUCUGCAGAGCAGGACAACGUAACCCUAAUCAAGUGAGGGCCUGUGUUCCAAACUGUCCCAACCGUGGUCAUAACAAGCAUGACUCUCAACUGCACGUUCUCACGGGUGAUCAUAUGCAAGGGACAUUGGGCGACUUCGUGUCCCUUGAUGUCCUGACUGUUAACAGCCUUGAAGGGUCUGCAUUCUGGACAGAAGACGUCAGAGUAGAAGGCCACCUUCUCAACUUCAAGCUUGACACAGGGUCCGAGGUGAAUGUGAUUUCAAAGGAGAUUGUCCGAGCUUGGAAUCCUAGACCUCUUGUCAGAAGGUCUCAACGCCGUGUCACAACGUAUUCUGGGGAGCAGCUUCCUGUGGUCGGAGAGACAGUCUUGAGCUGCACUGCUAAUGGACUUACGUGCCCUGUGACGUUUCUGGUCGUCGACUUGUCGUCGUCGCCCAUACUGGGUCUUCAAGCAUGUCAGAUGUUCAACCUUCUCAAGAGAGUUUGCGAGGUUAAAGGUGAAGUGGCUCGACAUGAGAGUAUCAGGGAGACACCAGAGCAAGUUGUUGCAGAAUAUGAAGAUGUUUUUCAAGGUGUUGGACGACUGCCAGGAACUCAUAAGAUCAUACUAAAGGAAGAUGUGGAGCCGUCUAUUUCACCGCCCAGGAAAGUGCCUUUGGCCUUAGAGGAGAAGCUCAAGUUGGAGCUCGAGAGAAUGGAACGAGACGGUGUCAUUGCAAGAGUGACAGAGCCUACUGACUGGUGCAGUCCGCUUAUAAUUGUGCCGAAACCUAAUGCAGACAUUCGUGUAUGUUUGGAUCCUCGGAAGUUAAACGAGGCAAUCAAGAGACCUCAUUACCAGAUCCCAACACAGGAAAGGCAGUUUGCAAGACUUCACGGGUCUACAGUAUUUACGGUCAUGGAUGCAUCACACGCCUUUCACCACCUGCAGCUGGAUGAAGGAAGUUCUCGGUUAUGUACGUUUGCUACGCCCUACGGUCGUUAUCGCUUCUUGGUGAUGCCCUAUGGGUUGAACUGUGCCCCAGAAGCAUUUCAGCAGUCUGUGGACCAACUGUUUGCUGAGCUUCCAGACGUUCACCCAUAUUUUGACGACAUUCUGCUGGCGUCUCGAGACAUGGGGGGAGCAUUGCCAACAGCUUCGAAAGGUUCUUGA